UGCAAACUGCAAAGAGACCAAAGACACCAACGUUUGAAUCUUGAUCAGACUCUUUUUUUAUUUCUCUUUGGCCUGUCUCUUUUGUUCUUUCCACUCUCUCACUCUCACAAAUACAUAGCAAAUAUCAGUUAUACAGCAUUUAUGAAUGUUCAUUCAACACACACGGGAAACCUGCAACUUCACCUUCCUGCUGUUUCUUUGUCAGCUUGGAUCUAACUAGGAACCAAACUGAUCACCUUCAACUUGUUUUCUCUCCAAGUUUUCCAGGGUGUUUCUGCCAGAACUUGAACAACCUUCUAAGGUUUUGGAGCUGGUUUCUUAAGUUUUGUAUUGAUCAUCUUUGUCAAGGAUUCUUCUGGCCAAAAGGACAGGACUGCUCGUCAGAGAGGAACAAGAGACAGAAAAAAUGCCACAGGAAACCAACUCUAAUCCAAUUUUCACUUCUCCUUCCAAGAAUCUGAGAGGGUUAAAGGCUUUAGUGUCCAACAGCAUUGAGGCCUCACACACUGAAGAUAUCUUCAAUGACAAUGAAUUAGCUCAAAGAAAGGCUGAAGAAGCAGCUUCAAGGAGGUACCAAGCAGCAGAAUGGCUAAGGCAGAUGGACCAAGGUGCAUCAGAAUCCCUACCCAAAGAACCCUCUGAAGAAGAGUUUUGCCUUGCACUUCGCAAUGGGCUCAUUCUUUGCAAUGUCCUUAACAAAGUUAAUCCUGGAGCUGUUCUUAAGGUGGUGGAAAAUCCAAUAAUCCCAGUCCAGUCAACAGAAGGGGCAGCACAGUCUGCAAUCCAGUAUUUUGAAAACAUGAGGAAUUUCCUGGUAGCUGUAAAAGACAUGCAGCUCCUGACGUUUGAAGCUUCUGAUGUUGAAAAGGGCGGCUCGAUGAAUAAAGUUGUGGACUGCAUUCUCUGUCUGAAAGGAUACCAUGAGUGGAAGCAAGCAGGAGGAAUUGGAGUUUGGAGGUAUGGAGGAACUGUGAAGAUUACAGCCUUCUCAAAAGGGUCACUGCCCUCGUUGGUUGGAAGUGAAAGUGCUGAUGAUUCACUGGAUGGAUCAGAAUCAUCACAGUAUGAACAAUUAUUGGAGUUUCUCCACCUCUCUAAUGAAGUAGCUAUUGAAGAGUCCAAAACUGCCAAUGCCCUGGCUUUCCUUUUUGAUCGCUUUGGGCUUUGGCUUCUACAAGCUUACCUUAGAGAGAGCAACGGGAUUGAAGAAUUGCCCUUGAAUGCAAUGGUAAUCGAUACCUUGAUCAGUAAGAUAGUUAAGGACUUCUCUGCAUUGCUUGUUUCUCAGGGAACUCAGCUUGGACUGUUUCUGAAGAAAAUCUUGAAAGCUGACAUUAAUUCUCUAUCAAAAUCUGAUUUUAUAGAAGCCAUCUCACUGUAUCUUGGUCAAAGGACUAGCCUGGCAUCAAAUGAUUUCUCUAAGUUCUGCAUCUGUGGUGGGAAACGUGAGGUUAUUCGCCAUACUGUUAGUCACUCAGCUGCUCAUGCAGAACUUAUUGAUCUUCAGCAGAGAGAGCUUGAGGACAUUAAAUUAGAUUUUCAAGAAACAAGACUUCAAGUCAGACAAAUUCACUCAAGUUGGGAGGAAGAACUUAAAAGGCUAGAGCAUCAUAUCAAGGGUCUUGAAGUGGCAUCCUCUUCUUACCACAAGGUAUUAGAAGAAAACCGUAUGCUUUACAAUCAAGUCCAAGACCUCAAAGGAACCAUAAGAGUCUACUGCAGAGUGAGGCCCUUUCUGCAAGGCCAAACAAAUGGACAAUCAACCGUAGAUUAUAUAGGAGAAAACGGAAAUAUCAUGAUUGUCAAUCCUUUAAAGCAGGGCAAGGACGCAAGAAAAGUGUUCUCGUUUAACAAGGUGUUUGGACCAAAUGUCUCUCAAGAGCAAAUAUACGUUGACACUCAACCACUGAUCAGAUCUGUCCUAGAUGGCUUCAAUGUUUGCAUCUUUGCAUAUGGACAAACUGGCUCAGGAAAGACAUACACAAUGAGUGGCCCUGAUUUGACUACUGAACAAACAUGGGGUGUGAAUUAUCGUGCUCUAUGUGACCUGUUUCAAAUAUCCAAGGAGAGAGCAGAUGCUGUUAAAUAUGAAGUUGGGGUGCAGAUGAUUGAAAUAUACAAUGAACAAGUGAGAGAUUUACUUGUCAUGGAUGGCUCUAAUAGAAGAUUGGAUAUUCGUAACAAUUCUCAGUUGAAUGGCCUAAAUGUGCCUGAUGCAAGUUGGGUUCCAGUUUCGAGUACUCAAGAUGUUCUUGACUGGAUGAGGAUUGGUCAUAAGAAUCGAGCUGUAGGUGCUACUGCUUUAAAUGAAAGAAGUAGCCGGUCUCACAGUGUUUUGACUAUUCAUGUGUAUGGAAAAGAGUUGGUUUCUGGAUCCAUCCUCAAAGGUUGCCUGCAUUUGGUGGAUUUGGCUGGGAGUGAGAGAGUGGAUAAAUCGGAGGCGGUAGGUGACAGAUUGAAGGAAGCUCAACACAUCAAUAGAUCACUGUCUGCACUAGGAGAUGUCAUCUCUGCACUCGCACAGAAGAGUGCCCAUAUUCCUUACAGAAACAGCAAGCUUACGCAAGUAUUACAGGAUUCUUUAGGAGGGCAAGCUAAAACAUUAAUGUUUGUACAUAUAAGCCCUGAAGUCAAUGCCAUUGGAGAGACAGUGAGCACACUAAAGUUUGCUGAGAGGGUUGCUUCCAUUGAACUUGGGGCAGCUCGAUCUAACAAGGAAACUGGUGAAAUCCGAGAACUUAAAGACGAGAUAUCAAAUCUUAAACUUGCCUUGGAAAAGAAGGAAGCAGAAGUAGAACAACUGAAAGGAGGACAUGUUCGAAGUAUGGCUGAAUCACAAAGAGGAAGAGCGGUUUCACCUUUCCAUAUUCCAAGAUAUGGAAUGUCUACCAGCAUUAAGCCUGAAACAUCUCAGAGGCCUGGUGAUGAUAGUAGAAUCUCUGAGGCCAGAAGCUCUUCUUCAGGUAAGCAGAGGAGGUCAAGAUUUCCAUCUGCACUCACAGACAAGGAAGUGCUGCCGAAGAUGCCUAUUUUAGCUGAAGAGAGAUUGGCAAGUGCAGUAAAGGCAAGGUCACCAUCUCCUCCUGUGAGGAGAUCAUUAUCUACUGAUAGAGGAGCCUUAAUUAGAAGCAGGACCAAGGCUGACACAGUAGACAACCAACCAGUCUCAAGAGUACCAUUUCCGGCUAGAGUUCCUGUUAAUAAAUCCUUCACUACAACAACUGUGAUCCCAUCGACAGAAAAUAACAACUCCAGAGUUCAUAUGAGUUCUCAAGAGACAGCCAAACAAGAUAAUACCUCAGAUGCAUUCUACAACCAGCUCCAAAAACUCAGCAUUAAGAAAGUUCACUCAGAACAUGAAGAUGAGUUUAGGCAAGCCCUUAAUAUUAGACAAGGUGGCAUUAGGAAAAGCAAGGCUGAGAAUAAGGCUAGAAUAAAGCACCAACUGCCAGCGAGACUUCAGAAAACUGAUGUUGCAGUGACAUUGCUUUCUGAUAUGGAUGCUGCUAGUGAGAAAAUGGAGGAGCCUCGAAAAAGUGACUUCUCUGAUCCAGAAAAUGAGCAUUCACUAGUCGUGUCUCCUGUGCAUAGUGCCUUGAAAAUGAAGAAGGUUCGACAGAACUUCUCUAGGAAUUUGCAGAAUCUUGAACCAAGAGGAUUAGUUCAAGCAGUGGAACCCUUGUUGGGUGGGAAAAUUGACAGGAUUCCAAAUGGCGUAAUUCGCCAAGCAAAGGAAGGAAGUAACACUUUGAUGCCUGAAUUUAGAAGGAGCAGAUCUUCACCUCGCGGGAAAUUUUUGGUUUUGCCUUGAGGAUUCUACAGUAUAUAUAGCAUACUAAAUCCUUGCCUUUGUCAGCAAUAUUGUUUAAAAUUUUGUAUAGUGACUAUUCAAGUUGGUCUUUUUGGGUUGCAUUUUCAAGGGAUAUAUUGUUGUGCAAGAUGUCAUUUGAGAUGAAUUAUGUGUAUACUUAAAAAAACUUAUAUGAUUUGUUUCAUCUGAUUUUUCUUUUC